ACAGAGGACUGGAAGAGCACUAAAGAGGCGGUCGCGAACUUUCGACGACUGCUACUUUGCUCCAAAUGUUCAAAUUUAAUGAGGGAACCUGUGUGUCUAGGAAUGUGUGAGCAUAUGCUGUGCAGGUCCUGUGCUGGCUCCCGUGCAGGAGAUGGCUGCGUGUUGUGUCACAGCCCUGCAUGGGUGAAGGAUAUCCAAAUCAACAGGCAGCUGAGCAGCAUCAUACAGCUCUUCUGUGGUUUGGAGUCCCUGCUCAAUCCCAUAGAACAACCAGACUCCUCUGUCACUGAGAUUCAGACACAACCUGACAGCCCUGUCUUUAAACACAAGAAGAACUUCAAGAUCUGGUUCAGCCCCCGCAGCCGCAAGGUGCGCUGCACAGUGGAGAAGCCUUCAGAGGUCAUAGUACCAGACAGCAGGUCUUCUGGAGAAACAGCUGCAGCACAGCCAGAUACCAUUACUGCUCAAGGCCAGGACCUGUCAGUUUUCAAUUUCACCUCGUCCUCCCAAGACUCUUCUUCUUCUCAAAAAUGCAACAAUGAAAACAAAAAAAGGGAGAAGAGGUCAACUAAGAAAAAUGCUGCUGGCAGGAAGGCACUGGGAGUCACAAGGACCACACGAAAGCAGACCAUGAAGGUGACGAAGAGCAACAGGCUAGAGGCUAUAAAUCAGCAAUGGGGGAUCAGUGGGGAUGUAGAUGCCUUAAAGGAAAAAGAGCAGCCCUGUGCUGAAGGGGCAAGGAGGUCCAGUAAAAGGGUUUCUUUCCUAAACCCUGCUGUCACCUCCGACCAGCCUAAGCCUGAAGUACCAAAGGGGAGUACUGAUGAACUCAGCCCUUGUAGCAGCACCAUGAGGGAAAGCCUCUCAGGAGGCAGCGCUACUCAAAUGAAUUACCCCUCCUCAGAUGGUCAGAGCGUGUCAGACGGUGUCAUCCAAAAAAACUCACUGUCUACAAAUGACGUCAACCCAGCUGAAGAUCCUGAAAAACAGGAGAACAUUUCUCCCCCAAAGCCUUCCUCAAAAAGAACCAGGGUGGUGGAGAAAGUUGGCACCUUGGAGACCACACCAAAAAGGCCCAGGACUUCCCCAGGCCGGAGGAGAAAAUCCCCGGGUCAGAUGUCACCAGUCGUCCUUAACCCUCCUUUUUUGAUUACCAGGUGUGAAAAGAGCACCAAAAUCUCUAGAGAUGAGCAAGGACACAGCCCCUCUCUCCUAGCCACCAUCGGUCGAAAAUCUCCCUGUUCUCAUGGUGCACCUGUUGGACGGCCCAGCACAGGAAGCCCUGCAGUUAUGAAGAAGAACCACAAGGGAGAGAGCCUGCUACAUCUAGCUGCUAUAAAGGGAGAUGUAGAGGCUGUCAAGGAACUGCUGGACCAGGGGGCUGACCCUAACCUGAAGGAUAAUGCUGGGUGGACACCUCUGCACGAGGCAUGUAACCUGGGUCACAUGGCAGUUGUGGAGGUUUUGGUCUCAAGGGGAGCCCUAUUGAACACACCUGGCUAUGAAAACGACUCGCCACUCCAUGAUGCUGUGAGGAACGGACAUCCAGCCAUUGUCAAACUGCUGCUGCAGCAUGGAGCCUCACAGAAUGUACUUAAUCUGCAUGGAAAGCAGCCUGCAGAUUAUGCAGUGAGUCUGGAGAUGCUGGAGAUUUUCCAGGAAGCCUCAGAGGGAACCCAAUAUGCUAAUGUUUCUUUUAGCCCCUCAGCCAGUCUCUCUGCGGUGAGUGACUUUGUGAGGAGAGAUGAAAUGGUUGCGUUUUUUGCCAGCAAGCUUUCUCAGCCAGCACAGCUUCAACUAGCCAAACUGGGACAGCUACUAGGAGGAAAAGUGGUUGACACCUUUUCUGGCUCAGUGAGCCACAUUGUGGUGCCAGAAGGACACAUGCCCACUACCUACUCCACCCUCCUGGGUCUCCUUGCUGGCUGCUGGGUUGUCAGAUACAGCUGGGUGGAGGCAUGUCUGCAGGCGGGCAACUGGAUGCCCGAAACUGAGCACGAAGCAGGAGAAGGCCCCCAGCGCAGUCGCAUCAACAGAUGUAGCUUGCUCCCACCGCUCUUCGACGGCUGUUUCUUCUUCCUCCUGGGAUCCUUUAAGGCGCCUACCAAAGAUGAGCUCACCAAGCUGCUCCGAGAAGGAGGAGGUCAGCUCCUGAGCCGGCAGCCCAAGCCCGACAGCGAUGUGACACAAACCCUGAGUGCAGCUGCUUACCACGCCCUGCCAGGCUCCGACCAGGCUCUCUGCACCCAGUACAUUAUCUUUGAUCCUCAAGGAACUCACAAGCCCACAGUGGUCAGACGAGGUAAGGUGUGGUCAGCUCCCUCCACCUGGAUUAUCAACUGCAUUGCAGCCUUCCGGCUCCUUCCUGUCCCUGAUCCUCAAAAUCUGGUGUGAAGACUUAUACUUAUAUACUAAAUGAUAAUUUUGCACCGUCACUUAUGUUAUUGCAUGGACAUUAUGUGUGUUUUGCUUUUUAAAUAUGUGAUGAUUAAGUUGACAUGACAUGAUAAGACAUGAAUCACAUAAACAACAAUUAAAAAC